UUCUCCUGUUCGACGAGGACAUCUUGUCAAUGUUGUUAGCAGCUGCACAUGGCAUCUGACCCCGCUCAUGUGCACCUCCCUCGACAUGCUACUGAUUCGCUCAGCUCAUCGACUGCUGCUCUCUGACAAGAAAUGCCAAUGAAACAGAUGAGUAAAUUUGUUUCUUUCCCAGUCUAAAUCAUGCACAGAUCAAUAGAAUUAAUCUCUUGUUUGCCUCCUAUCUAUCUUUUACGCAGGUGAGAUUAUCCGAUUGUGGUCCUCGUUUGAUCAGAUGCAGCAUCUGCUUUGCACAUUUCUGAGACGAGAUCGAGGAGCAGCUUUACAGCCAUGCAGACCUCAGCCUGAGGCAUCGCAGUGUGGCCAAUCAUGCAGACCUCACCACCAUGUGACAUGGAUUCCAUCAUCCCUUCCCUGACCACCUCUCCCCAUUAUAUCGACCUGCCUUGCCCACUCACACUCUUCGUGUAAGAGAGAGGAUGGUCCUCAAGUUGGCUCCUCUGCUUGCGGUCGUCUUCCUGCUAACCAGCCAUGGAUCGGCGGCGAGGUGCAGAGACGACAAGCCGAGGGUGCAGCAGACGCAGGUGGGCUUCGGCGAGCCGCCGAGGUUCGUGGUGGUGGUGCAGAACAGCUGCCCGAUGUGCCCCGCCGUUGACGUGCACAUCAACUGCGGCGGCUUCCCUCAGUCGCUUGCGGACCCGAAGGUGCUGAUGGUGAUCGGCUACGACGACUGCGUCGUCAACGGAGGACUGCCUCUGGCGCCGCUCCAGAAGCUCUCCUUCAACUACACCCACGAGAGGUUUGGCAUGUCGCCCAAGUCUUGGUUCUUGCAGUGCGAGUGACAGCACGCUUGACCGGCCAUUACUUGUUUCGACACUGAGCCCGAUUGAUUCGGAGGCGUACAUGACUGCUGCAUGCAUGCGAUGCGAUGCGAUGAAAAAGAGCGAGCGAAGGAAGAGAGAGUAAGAGGAGUCAUUUUUCUAGAUUUUGAUGAAGAGAAUCAAGUAAUGUAUGGAGCGGAGGAAAUGGAAAUGAUGAUGGAUCCAAUGGUUGG